CGAGACGCCGUUCGUAGCGACGCACUCCGACGCUAGUCACCCUACUGGCAGUAAACGAAAACCGAGGUGUACUUUUGCACUACUGCAAAUAGUCACUAAUCUAUCCGUACAUCUAUUCACACUUAUACAUACGUGCAUAAAUACACACAUAAACGAACGCUGCAAAUCUGCAGCUCGACCGUUUGCCGAUUUAUACAAAAAGUGAAGAACAGUGAGAAUUUUCAUUUUGUUUCCAUUUUUUUUCUUUCUAUUUGCAAAAAUACAACCGAAAAAUUAACCAGCGCCAUUAGAAAAGAGAACAGAAAAAAAGACGAGAUAAAGACGAAAUAGAAAAAAGACCAAAAGACAUCCGCGGUAACGAAACGAAAGAAAUUCCGACUGCGAAUGCAACAGGAACACAACGGCAACCACUUAGGUGAAAAGCUACAAAAAUCGAUAAAGGAAAAAUGUUCCCAUCCGCAGAAUCUGGACUAGUUGUCGUUUAUCAGUUAGCUAUAGUUCUGAGUUUGAAUACGUUUGUGGUCCAAUGCGCGCCUCUUUUACCAAGGACGAACGACGGGUUCUGGGAUGAAAAUAUGGUAGAUUGUUCUCCAGGGGGACGUUGCUGGGAAUGGUCACGUAAACAGCAAUCACUUGCGAAACCGGACUACUAUGAAGAUCCCUUGAGAGUACAAAGCCCCCACAGCCAGGAUUCAAAUCGCGCGCGAACGGCGGCAGUUGGUUUGCCAUCGACAACUCGAAUUUCGAAAAAAGAUGUAUUCAUGUCUCGCGGAUGGGGAGCUGGCGGAAUGCCUUUUUCUGUAUUAUACAUGCAUCCUCACAGUCAGCGGUCCAACAGUAAUACAGGGGCUAACGAAAUCGAGCCGGCAAGAGCACUUCCGUUGGAGAGUCCUGCCCUGCCAUCGCUACCAAGAAACUCCAACAAUCGCGUGGCUCUGCGGAAUGGUGCUUCUGGACAACCGAGAAGACAAUACUCAAUAAUACCUCAACUCUUUGUAUCUUAUGGUUGGGGACCUCAUGGAAAAUAGAUACCUGAACUUCAGCAAGACGUAAUAUAAUAAAAAGACGGCGGUAUUAAGAAAAAAAAAGUUAAUGUAAUUCAAUAUUAAGUUUACCAAAUGAAGGUAUCUUUUGAUAAUAAGCACAUCAAAUCGUAAAGACUUUAGAAUAAUUAAUCAUUGUAAAGCAUAACUAUAUUCACUGACAUUAUUUUUGCAAAAUCAAGAUUUUUGUUUUAAAUUCUAUCAACAUCUAUUCAACCAAAGCGGCAUUUACUUAUCAUUAUAAGUACAACUCUGAUAACUGUAUUGUAGAGUAAUAUGAAACUUGCAAUUAAUGCUCGUACUAGUAAUUAUGUAAGAACUUUCAAUUAUCCUCAUUUUUGUUACUGAACAUGAUGAUGAGAUGCUUAGUUUUCAUGUGAAACAAAAUAUCGUCACCAUUAUUUAUAUAAUAUAUAUAUAUAUCGUUAUUAUUUAUGUAACGAUACUUAAUCACAGAUAUUAUUUAUUCAUUAUGGUAUAUUAUUUAAAAGAAAAUGCAGCGAUCGCAUGAUGCCGUUGUUAUCAUCGAGUAACUAGUAAAUUUGCAAAUGACUUACCGUUCAUUUCCUUCAUAGCUCUAAUAAAAUCUUGCGGAUCUUUGAACGAAACGAAACCAAAUCCUUUGGUUUUAUUCGUCCGCUUAUCUCUCACAACUUUUGCUUUCUGAAAGCUUGGGUAUUUACUGAAGACCCUCACGAGCAUUUCAUCGGUGACGUCGUUACCCAGAUCACCGCAAAAUAUUCUGAAGUCAUCUGGAAUAAAUGUAUAAUCUCAAUUAAAUAAUCUGGUUAACAAUGCUCAAUAUAUUGUAUUAUAGAAAUAUGUGAGUAAAGUUUGUCAGCCAACAGAAAUUCGA